CGAAGCGUAACGUUGCAGUCCAUUCCCGACCUCCAAAGGGUACGCGCGCCGCUACGGCGAAAAAAAAAAUUCACAUUAAAUGACAUUUUGAAAGAAAACUGUGAUAAAUCCCAUCAUCCAGCUGUAACAUCACUGGCUGUAUCAGAGAUGUCGUCGUGUCGCGUAGCCGCGUGGGUUGCGGCACUGGCAGCGGUGUCCUGUGCGCUGCCCAACACUGUCACCGCUCUGGACCUGAACAAACUCUAUGGUCAUCAUAAGAGAUCAGAAUAUUGCCACCCGUACGAGCCGUUCAAAUGCCCAGUAGACGGGAACUGCAUCUCGAUCCAAUACCUCUGCGAUGGCGCGCCGGACUGCAUCGACGGCUAUGAUGAGGACUCCAAGCUUUGCACUGCUGCUAAACGUCCUCCAGUAGAGGAAACAGCGUCGUUCCUGCAGUCCUUACUGGCGUCUCACGGGCCCAACUACUUGGAGAAAUUGUUUGGCAGCAAGGCGAGGGAUGCGCUCGCGCCGCUAGGGGGCGUCGAGAAAGUCGCCAUUGCUCUUUCAGAAUCCCAAACGAUCGAAGACUUCGGCGCGGCAUUACACCUCAUGAGGUCAGACCUGGAACACCUCCGCUCCGUGUUCAUGGCAGUUGAGAAUGGUGAUCUGGGCAUGCUCAAAUCUCUCGGCAUCAAGGACUCCGAAUUGGGAGACGUCAAAUUCUUCCUCGAGAAACUGGUUAACACCGGUUUCCUCGACUGAAUAGCACCGGAGUCUGCCUCUGAAUACUACCACAUCGUCCAAUUUGCUCCCCUUAACCCCUCCUUCUACAGCUAUCUCCCCUAUGAUCCACCAAGGUACAGGAAGUAAAUCUCCUGUCACUUUUUCUCCCGAGCGAAUGAUGUGAUUCUUUAAACUGAUGAGACCCAAUCGUAGAUCAGACGAGCUCUAAAACCGGCCACAUAGACUCGACCUGAUGACGAAUGGUAUUCAUUCUGCUUUAUUAGUUAGAAAGGUUUAAUUUUAAUAGCAACUAGUUGAUAUAUUUUUACAUUGUUUUGUCUUUAAAAAAAUAGAAAUGUAGUCAACGAAAACAGAUAUGGUUGAGGACUACUCGCGUCAUCGUCAUUCAAAAUGUUUAGCGAUCUUCUUGCUGAUCUUUUGGCUGGCGAUCUUGACCAUAGCUGAGUGUGAAGAGUGGAAGGGAUAAGUAUGAACGUCGCCCCAUCUCAAUUUUCUACCCGUCGAAAUCAGAGGCGACUCCAUUAUACGUCAAUGUUCAUAAUAAGCGAGAUAUAAAGCUAAAGAAUGAUUAUGUUCGAGAGAAAAUGUCCUUAGAAUUAUUAAAUAUUAAGAAUCGUUGAAAGAAUGCAUGCGCUUUAUAUCUGGCUUUUAGAAAAUUCCAGAAUAGGACCAUGGAUACAUAUCACUGUAAACUUAGAGUAGGAUAAACGGUAAAAUACAUAUCAUAGAUUUAAUCUGUAGUUGAUAAAGUACAAUUAUUUUAAUAUGAUCGGUAUUGUAGUGUUUAUGAAACAUUUUAUAGGUCCCAUUUAGUAGGUACAUACUUCAUCAUUAAAAUUGAAAUAUAGUUAAUAAAGCCUGUUGUUUACGGUGCUGCACUUCCCAGACAUAUCAAAAUUAUGUGAUUAAUAAUAAAUAUUAGAUUAUGGGGUGUUAUAGCGUAGUGGCAGAGUUUAUUAUAUCCUAGUAGGUAGGUAUUUUAUCUUCAACUUUUCAUGACUAUUGUCAAAAACUGCUAGGGGAAGUUUUGGCACAAAAUUGUUAACUAGAAAAAUUUAAAAACAUCUAAAAUAAAAAUCAUAAGAAAUACGAUGAUUAACAAAUAUUUUAUUUGAAGAAUUUUGGAAAAAAAAUCUCAAAGUUUGGUAAUUUGAUUCUUACCAAUUUUCUAGUUGACAAAAUUGUUAAAACUAUGGAUCCUAGCAUAACACCAUUUUUAUCAAAUUUAUCAUCUGCCAAAUUGUUUAUGGUCAUGUCAUGUCACCUAUUGUAUCUGUAAUAUAUACAAAACUUUUGUCAAAUGCGGGCUAAGAAGACAACGAAUUACGAAUGUAAAUUUAACGUUGUGGAAAUAUGUGUUGAAAAUCAUCAUUAUAGUUGAGAAAAAUCAUUAGGUGGAUGUCAAACUCAGGAACAAACGAUAUAAGGUUGGCGCUUCGGCAGAUACGAUAUCUUAUGAUUGAUUAAUUUGAAAAUUUACUAACGAUCUUAAGACUAGAAGAAAAUAAAGUUUUUUUUUUCUACUAUUAAGUUACGGGCGUAUUGAUAGCCUGUAUUUGCCAGAAGUUAAACUUUUCAAUGCUAUUCUCAAACCCGUAGAGAUCCCUAUAGAAACGGACAUCCCUAAAUUAGGAUUUCAUAUUAGAUGUUAAGAAUUUUUUGGAAUAUCAAUGAACUAUAGUAUAAUUUUAACUUGCGUCAGAUCUAAGUAUAGUCUAUGUCUACAGGAGAAAAUAAAGCUCUGUUAGAUGGUAUUAUGUGUUUUGAACUAAGUAUAUGGCUUAUUGUUCUUAAAUAACAAAUCAAUAAAUGAAUCAUCUUGAA